AUGGCGAACGGAUCCGACGUCGUGCCGCAAUCGGCCCCGGGGAAGAAGGGUAAACAGAGAAAGGUGGUCGAUAACAAUGAUACGACACGACUCCUCCAAGCCCGUAUCUCCCAGCUGGAGCAAGACGCCGCCGGAGAGAAAGACCAGGAAGCCGAAAUUGAGAGAGAGGUCAAGCGAGCCAAUCGAGAUCUAAUGCAGCAGAUGGCCAAGAUCCAGGACCCUGGCGACAAAAUCGACUUUCUACUGCGCAAGUCGAGCGAGCUGCUGGCUGAUAUGCGCCGGAUGGAGCGCGAGAACCAGAAGAACAAGAAGCGUGGCGACACCCUUCAGAAGGAGAAGGACGCCAACCGUACCGAGCUCAGCAAAACUGUCACUUUGAAGGAGAAGCUGGAAAAGCUCUGCCGUGAACUGCAGAGGGAUAACAACAAGCUCAAGGCCGCGGGUAUUGACAAGCCGAAUUUGCAGAACGAGAACAAGACCCUGAGCGAUACGUUGAAGCACAGUGACGCAGCUUGGGACGAUAAACUUGCCACGGUCCUGGCGAAGCUCGACGGCUACCAAGACGUCAAGGACAACCCUGGACGAGCCUCCGUUGAUACCGAACUGGACGAGCUGUUCCGCGUGCGCUUUAAGACGUUUAUCGAGCAGUACGAUCUUCGAGAUCUCCACUACCAGGCCGGAAUGCGCAGCAAAGAGCUCGAGGUACAAUACCACAUGAGCAGGUAUGAGAGGGAAAGGAAGCGCUCCGAGGCCGAAGUCGUUAAGUCGCGACACCUAGAGUCGCAAGUGCAGACCUUUGCGAAGACUGAGGCCGACCUGAGAAGCCAACUUAACGUCUAUGUUGAUAAGUUCAAGCAGGUCGAGGAUACCCUUAAUAACAGCAACGACCUGUUCCUCUCCUUCCGCAAAGAGAUGGAAGACAUGUCUAAGAAGACCAAGCGCCUCGAAAAGGAAAACGAGACGUUUAAGCGCAAGCACGAUGCCACGAAUGCUAACAUCUUCCGCAUGGCCGAGGAGCGCGAAGACCUCAAGAAGCGCCAAGAGGCCGCCGAGAAGAAAUGCGAUAAGCUCAUGAGCAUCAUCCGCAACAUGCAGCAGCAGGGCCGUAAGAUCCCCCCUGGCGCCCAUGAAGCUCUCGAGAGCUAUUCAUCGUCCGGCGGUAACGGCGAGAGCGAGUACUCGAAUGAGGACGACCCCGAGGACGAGGAGGACGAGGAAGACGAAGAUGAUGAGGAGGAGGAGAGCGAAGAGUAUGAGGAUGACGAAAGCGAGGAGGACAAGCCUCUCACAAACACCACGGGUCAACAAAACAUCCCCGCUGUCAAGGCCGCCCCCAGACCUUUUGGACCUGAGAGGCCUCCUCAUCAGCAGGCGCAGAAGAAUCAGCAGUUGGCUCACGCUCAGACGGUUAUCAACGGCCAUUAA